AUGGUGCUGUUCCCCUUUGGCCGCAUCUACCAUCUCCUGAAGUCUAGGGUCACAGCCAAUGGAAGAGUCGGUUCAACAGCUGCUGUAUACUCGGCAGCUGUCUUGGAGUACCUGACUGCUGAAGUACAGGAGCUGGCAGGUAACGCAAGCAAGGAUUUGAAGGUGAAGCGUAUCACGCCUAGGCAUUUGCAGCUUGCAAUACGAGGUGAUGAAGGGCUUGACACCCUCAUUAAAGGAACCAUAGCUGGUGGGGGCGUGAUUCCUCACAUCCAAAAGUCUCAUCAACAAAUCCUCCAACGACUAGUAUUCAAAUUGUAA